AUGCCUUCAGCAGCAUGGAAUCCCGCUCAUCGUACCCUUCCAGACCACUGUGAACCGGUGUCUCCGUUCCUACACUUCAUCUCAUCGACUUUGCAAAUAUGUCUACCGACUCCGCUUGCACUCAUCUCGUCCACGCUCGGGGUACUGAGCAUCAUCUCCUGGCUCUUUGCCCAGCUCCCACAGAUAUAUAAGAACUACAAGAUAAAGUCAACGGCAGGCUUAUCGAUAAUUUUUAUCGUGGAAUGGCUCCUGGCAGAUACGGCAAAUUGCAUCGGUGCUGUUCUCACUAACCAGGCCGGCUGGCAGAUCACGAUCGCGGCUUACUAUGUGAUUGUCGACCUUAUCAUGACAUAUCAACAUUUCUGGUACACUCACAUGAAGCAAUGGCAGCCAAAUCGCCUUAAAUACGCCAACAUCGAUGAUAGUGAGGAUAGCGAUACUGAUUUCCCACCAUCAGACUGUGACUCAUUCCAGCAGUUACGAAAUUCGCAACAUUCAUCUGCUCCUCGCUCAGUAAAUGACUUGAAAGCGGGAAGAGACCAGUUACCCGAUGAAAAGGCUCAACCUCAAGCAUCUGGCGGGAAACGAUACGUUAAAUCAAGCCCUCUUGGAAGUUCGUUAACUUCUCCCAAGGCCGUCUUGUUCGUUUCCAUGCUCUGCGCUGUUCUAGCCAAUGCCUCUUCAAUCCCACCUACUGGCCUUUCAAGGCCACACCCGGCCAUACCACCACCAUCGAACAUGAAGGAGUUUGUGGGCCGGAUAUUUUCUUGGAUUUCCACCAUCCUUUACCUUGGGUCCCGGCUACCGCAGCUAUACAAGAAUUACACACGCAAGAGUACUGCUGGUCUAUCGCCCUUGCUCUUCGUUGCUGCGUUCUGUGGAAACAUGUUCUACUCUUCUUCCUUGCUCACUAACCCGAAUGGCUGGCAUAAUUUCCCACCAUACGGAGGAGGUGGAUGGGCCGGUCCAAAGGGGAACGAUCGAAUGAGCUGGAUAAUCCUUGCAAUCCCGUUCUGGCUUGGGGCUACUGGUGUGCUCCUGCUGGAUGUAUGUGUGGGCAUCCAAUUCAUGAAAUAUGGCGAACAGAAGCAGAAGAUUGUUACCCGGGUAGGGAGAGGCCGCCAUAGAUGGAUAAGGGUCACUGGUUUCAUGAAGGGCUGGAUCCCUUCACUAUCCCCCGAGAGAAAGGCAUCAGACAACGAAACGCAAGCUCUUAUUUCCCGUGAGAGCGAUAGAUAUGGAAGCGUUUGA